AUACAUAUUCGUACACACACGCUCUGCUUCCCUCAGUCUCACUCUGUCAGUCUGCACUUCAACAUGUUGCCUGAGCGAUGCUGCGCUCCACAGUGGAAGCCCUCCUGCCGGCGUACCGGCCGCGCUCCGCAGCCCCAGCACCAGUUCUCCAUCUGAAGGACCUGAGCGAGGACCCCAAUAAACCCCAGCUGCCACCCGACAAAGAGGAGGACCGCACCGGCUCCAUCUGGAGGGAAGCCAUGGGUAAGAGGAGCUACCUGCUGGAGAGGAGCUCCUGGAAGGGAGGGGACGGAGCGGGAGGAGGCGCACGUUGCCGGAGACAGAAGUCCUCGGACUGGCUGUACGAGUCGUACUAUUGUAUGAGUCAACAGCACCCACUUAUAGUGUUUCUGCUUCUCAUUGUGAUGGGCGCCUGCUUGGCUCUUUUGGCCGUCUUCUUCGCCUCUGGACUGGACAUCGAGGAUCACGUCGCCUUCGUAAUCACCGUCCCCACAGCGCUGGCUAUUUUCCUCACUAUCUUUGUCCUGGUUUGCAUCGAGUCCGUCUUCAAGAAGCUGCUUCGGGUUUUCUCCCUGGUGAUCUGGGCCUGUCUGGUUGCCAUGGGUUACCUCUUUAUGUUUUUCGGAGGAAUCAUCUGUCCCUGGGAUCAGGUGUCUUUCUUCUUGUUCAUCAUCUUUGUGGUUUACACCAUGCUUCCCUUCUCCAUGAGGGAUGCUAUCAUAGCCAGCGUGCUCACGGCAUCCUCUCAUACUGUCGUGCUCAGUGUCUGUCUCUCCUCUGCGACGAAUCAUGUGGAGCCCCUGGUAUGGCAGAUCCUGGCAAAUAUCAUCAUAUUCAUAUGUGGGAACCUGGCAGGAGCGUAUCAUAAGCAUCUGAUGGAGCUGGCGUUAAAGCAGACAUAUCAGGACACCUGCAACUGCAUCAAAUCACCCAUCAAACUGGAGUUUGAGAAGCGCCAGCAGGAACGUCUGCUACUCUCACUGCUUCCUGCUCACAUCGCUCGAGUCAUGAAAGCUGAAAUCAUACAGAGGCUACAAGGGCCAAAGUUUGGACAGGUGGAAAACACCAACAACUUUCAUAAUUUAUACGUACAACGGCACACCAACGUCAGCAUUUUGUAUGCUGAUAUUGUUGGAUUUACCCGAUUAGCCACGGAUUGCUCACCUGGAGAGCUGGUUCAUAUGCUGAAUGAACUUUUUGGCAAAUUCGAUCAGAUUGCUAAGGAAAAUGAAUGUAUGAGGAUUAAAAUUCUCGGGGACUGUUAUUACUGUGUAUCUGGCCUACCAGAGUCCUUGCCAAACCAUGCCAAAAACUGUGUGAAGAUGGGCUUAGACAUGUGUGAAGCCAUUAAGAAAGUACGGGACGCCACUAAUGUGGACAUUAACAUGCGGGUGGGUGUUCACUCUGGAAAUGUUCUCUGCGGUGUGAUUGGCCUUCAGAAAUGGCAAUAUGAUGUCUGGUCACAUGAUGUGACUUUAGCCAAUCACAUGGAAGCUGGUGGUGUACCUGGACGAGUCCACAUCAGCUCAGUUACGCUCGAGCACUUGAACGGGGCGUAUAAAGUUGAAGAUGGAGAUGGGCAGGAACGGGAUCCUUAUCUAAAGGAGCAUGGAGUUAUAACCUACUUGGUGAUCAACCCAAAUGCUGAAGGAAAUCACUACAGACCCAGAAACACCUUGUAUGGAACCAAGAUGAGAGCUUCGGUCCGGAUGACCAGAUACCUGGAGUCCUGGGGUGCAGCCAAGCCUUUUGCCAACCUUCACCAUCGAGACAGCAUGACCAAUGAGAACGGCAAGAUAAACACUGCUGAUGUCCCAAUGGGCCAGUAUCACUUUCGACGAUCAGAGAGAACCAAAUCUCAGAAGAAACGUUUCGAGGAAGAACUCAACGAGAGGAUGAUUCGAACUUUCGAUGGCAUCAAUUCUCAAAAGCAGUGGCUCAAAUCCGAGGACAUCCAAAGAAUAUCUUUGUUUUUCCACAAUAAAGCAUUGGAGAAAGAGUAUAGAGCCACAACACUGCCAGCCUUCAAAUAUUACAUCACCUGUGCCUGUCUGAUAUUCUUCUGCAUCUUCAUCGUGCAGAUUCUGGUCCUGCCCAAGACCGCAGUAUUGGGAAUAUCAUUUGGAUUGUCCUUUCUCAUACUGUCUGUCAUUCUGCUUAUUUGCUUCAUUGGCCAUUUUCUGCAGUGCAAUAAGACAGCCUCUGCAUCUUGGCUCUGGAUCCUGAGAUCGUCAGGAAUCAUCGCCAACAAGCCCUGGCCACGCAUCACCCUCACCAUGGCAACCACAGCCCUCAUCCUGGUCAUGGCUGUCUUCAAUAUGUUCUUUGUAGAAGAGAACCGUCCGCCGACAGAUGCAGUUUAUAAUAAAUCAAACGAGACGUUGCUGCACCCUGAUGGACAUCCCAUAUCUUACCUGGACAACAACACCUUCUACCUUCCUUACUUCAUGUACAGCUGUAUCCUGGGGCUGAUCUCCUGCUCGGUGUUCCUGAGGAUCAACUAUGAGCUAAAGAUGCUCAUCAUGUUAACGGCAGUGGUGCUAUACAACGUCAUCAUACUUCAAACACAUGCGUCCCUACUGGACGAGUACAGCAAAUUCCUCUACAAAACAGAAGCCCUGGAGAGGCCGGGAGUUCUGAAAGACUUGAAAACAAUGGGCUCUAUCUCUCUCUUCAUAUUCUUUGUCACUCUACUCGUUCUAGCCAGACAGAAUGAAUAUUACUGUAGGUUGGAUUUCCUGUGGAAGAACAAGUUCAAGAAGGAGUGUGAGGAGAUCGAGACCAUGGAGAACCUGAAUCGCGUUCUGCUGGAGAACGUUCUGCCGGCUCACGUUGCAGAACAUUUCUUGGCAAGAAACUGGAAAAAUGAGGAUCUGUAUCAUCAAUCAUAUGACCUGGUGUGUGUGAUGUUUGCUUCCAUCCCGGACUUCAAAGAGUUUUACACGGAAUCAGACGUCAACAAGGAGGGACUCGAGUGUCUCCGACUGCUCAAUGAGAUCAUUGCAGACUUUGAUGAGUUGCUCUCAAAGCCAAAGUUUAGUGGAGUGGAAAAAAUAAAGACCAUUGGAAGCACAUACAUGGCAGCCACUGGACUUAAUGCCACACCAGGGCCAGAGUAUACACAGGAACAUGACAGGCAGUACAUGCACAUCGGCACUAUGGUGGAAUUUGCCUUUGCACUGGUGGGGAAACUGGAUGUUAUUAAUAAACAUUCCUUCAACGACUUCAAGCUCAGAGUCGGUAUUAAUCAUGGGCCUGUGAUUGCUGGAGUGAUCGGUGCUCAAAAGCCUCAGUAUGACAUCUGGGGUAACACCGUGAACGUAGCCAGCAGAAUGGAGAGCACAGGGGUGCUGGGAAAAAUACAGGUGACGGAGGAGACGAGUCGUAUCUUGGAGAAGUUAGGCUACACGUGCACGUGCAGAGGAAUUAUAAAUGUGAAGGGGAAGGGAGAGCUGAAAACGUUCUUCAUCCACACUGAGAUGAGCCGGUCUUUAUCCCAGGGGAAUGUUAUGCCUUGAAUCACGACGCUGGACGAGACAUCCAGAGACUGAACACUAAAGAGACAUUUGUAAAUAACUGCGCCUAGACUUUAGAUGCACGCGAUUUUGGAUGUAUUGAAAGUGAUACCAUUUCUACUGUAUCUCAUAGGCAGGGUUUGGCACAGGGUACUGCAUUACGGUAGCAAUUAUUUUGUAAGAAAAUCAGAUAUAACAAAAAAGUGUUUUGAUGUUUUAAUGCCAUUGUUUUAAUUUUUAUUUUGUAAAAACUUCAUUAAAAUUUAUAUGUAAUUAG